AUGGGGCGGCAGAGCCAGAAGGAAGCCAAGGUUUCAAAGCGCUUGACGAAGAAAACCUCGCCAACGAAAGCGGCCAAAGAGCCAAAAGGCAGUAGAAAGGAUAAGAAGGACAAAAAGGGUCAGAAGAAGCCAAAAAAGGAUGGCAAGCGGCCCAAGCUCAAGGGCGAGCGUGCCAAGAAUCCCUAUCUGUACUUCGUUAUGACGCGACGGAAAGAUGUGAUAUCACAUGCCGGUAUCGAGGACUCACCCUUGAAUUUCGAGAGGAUCGCCAAAGCCCUGGCAGCGGCCUGGCAAGAUCUCAGCAAGGAGCAUCGUCAGCCUUUCGAGGCAUGCGCUGCGCUUGACCGGUCCAGACGUGACCUGGACCAGAUGAAGGGUGCCAAGCUCAAAAACAGUCCCGAUGAGCUCAGCACCCUGGUAAAGGCUGCCGUGGACGCUUUGAUGCACACACCCUCCAAUGUCGACUGCUCAGUGGCAGAGAAGGCAGCUACGGAUGUGGUGAAAUCAAUGGAAGCACUGGAUGCGAGGCUUUCCAACAGUGGCCGGGCAGUAGCGGCUGCCGGCCUUCGAAAUGGGGCAAGCAACGCAGACGUCAUCCUGGCUGCCGGGGCUGUGGGGUCCGCGCUGGGGGGCCGGCUCACGGCCCUCAUCCGGAAGUGGUCCUCCGUGCCGGCGUCGAAGCGCAAGGUGCCAAAGGAAGCGGCGAAACCCAAGGAAGCGCCGAAGUCUCCGACCCCUCAGGCCUUCGGCAGCGGCGAAGGCGAGGGCGAAGGCGACGUCGACAUGCUGCGCAACAAAGUCGUGGGGAUGCUGAUGCGCGCCACGAGCAAGAAACAUGGCCAGGCUCACUUCGAAACGUGCAAGAAUAUCGAGAUCUCCUUGUACCGGCAGUUUGGCCAGAAUCUGAAGGAGUAUCGACAACGGGCGCGGAGCUUAUCCGUGAACCUCAGCCGCCCCGAGAACCGCCUGCUUGCGAAGGUGUUGGAUGGCUCGCUCUCCACCUCGCAGUUGGCGUCUUUGACAGGCGAAGAGCUGGCACCAGAGGGUGUUCGCAUCGAGCGCGAGAUGGAGCGACAGAAGUACUUUCGCGAAGAGGUCCACCUGACUGCGGCGCCACCCAAGACCAAGCGGGACCUCUACGCGACGCGCGAGCCAAACGACGAUGCCAGUAUGCGUCCGCCAAAGCGAAGAAAAAGCGGCGUGCAGGAGGAGUCGAGAAUCGAUGGCCCAAAAGCAACGACCUCGACCUCGGAGGCCGUAGUUCCGCUUGCCGAGUCCUCCGGUUCGAGUUCCAGUUCGAGUUCCAGCUCUUCUUCAGACUCCGACAGUGAUAGUGAGAGCCUUUGGGAGGACCAAUUUCUUGCACUUCCCAUUGCAGAUCAAGGCAACGCAAGCGGCCCAAGCGCGGAAGACGGCGCAGGAUGUGGGAAAGCCGCAUCUUCGUCGCCAGCUCCACCCACGCGCAGCAGCCCACCCGCUCAUGACGAUAAACCUGACUCGCUGCAGUUCUUGCUGUCCAUGGGCUUCGAAGAAAGCGCAGCGAUGAACGCCUUUGUGCAGUCGCGCGGAAACGUGGAGCAAGCGAUUGCUCUUCUGCACGAGCGUGAUAAGCCAGAGGCAGCUUCUUCGUCGUCAAUUGCGGCCGACACGAGCAGUGCGCCUGCGACUGCGAUGGCCAGCCAGCCUGCUCGGGGCAGCCCGCGCACUCACAACAGCCCAUCUGCGGCGCUGGAGCACUUGCUGUCGAUGGGCUUCGAGGACAUCCCGGCGAUGAUGGCGCUCGAGCAGUCGCGUGGCGACUUGGAGCAAGCGAUUGGCUUGCUGCUCACCCGCCCGUCGCAGCUUGGCAAAACCUUGCAAGUGGUGAGGUGGUACAAGUCUGUACAGCAACUCAGCCACCUGGCACUCGGAGCGGAGCUGCGCCUGUGGCUGCUGGGCCUUCCGCUGCACCGCGUUUGCGCCGAGAGCCUCAGCCAGCUCUUCCUGCUGGCAAGCAUCGUCCUAUCCUGCAGCCUCUGCCUUGCGGGCCUCCAAGAGCGCGUCUUGUAUGUCCCUGGCUUCAGGUACACAGGAUGGUUGGCUCUGAUCACAUCGGUCUCGUACACUGGCUUCUCUUUGGUGGAGCGCCGCUGCGAAAGGGACAGGCAGCUGCACGGUUCGGCUUAUGACUACCUGAAGCUGUCGAUGCUCACCAUGGGCGGGAUGUACCUCACGAACUUCAGCUUGCACUAUCUCAGCUAUCCUCUCAGAGUUGUGUUCAAAUCGAGCAAGCUCAUCCCUGUGAUGGUGCUGAGUGUGGUGUACCUGAAGAAGCGAUACACUUUCUUCCAGUACAUGGCUGUCCUUUUACUGACUGCAGGUGUGGUCGUCUUCACGCUGGGGGAUGCGAAAGGCAAAGCUCUUUUCGACCCUAUCGGAAUCGUUUUCGUUGUCGUGGGCUCCUUGGCCGACGCGAUGGCUGCCAGUUACGAGGAGAAACGGUUCUUCGUUCAGAUGGGUUGUUCGGCCAACGAGGUGGUCCUAUAUAGCAACCUCUUGGGCAGCGUUUGGGCUGUGAUCGCCUCACUGCUCACGGGCGAGCUGCUGUCCGCGGCGCGCCACUCCGCAGACCACUGGGAGACAGUACCAAUGAUUGUAUUCGCUUCCUUGUUUGGCUAUGUGGCGCAGAGCGGCGUGUUGCUUCUCAUCAAGCAUUUCGGGGCCACCGUCUCGGAGAUUGUCAAGAGCUGUCGAAAGGUGACCACCAUUUGCGUAUCCUUCCUAGUCUUUGGCAAGCCUUGGAACGGCUACCACAUGGCCGGGCUCUUGCUCUUCGUGGCCUCCGUCUCCGCGGAGCGUUUCGGUGCUGGCGGCUCCUCGAGGCGGUUUGCCAUGUUCCUCUUGACCAGCUCCACGUUCUUCGUCCUCCGCAUUUUCACUGGUGGAUUUGGGCCAUCAGUUUUCAGUGUGGUGAUCGACGCAGGCUCGAGUGGCACGCGGCUCAAUAUCUUCCGCUUCGAUUCCUGGACCAUGAAGCUCCUGGACAUCGACGGCCAAGCUCAGGUCUUCCAGGAGGAAGAGCCUGGCAUCAGCGACCUCUUCGAAAACACCAGUGCUUUGCGGCAGCAGAUGGCAAGGCUUUUGGACGCAGCUGUGUCAGCGGUGCCCCACGCCCAAAGAGGCGUGACGCCGCUGUCCCUGCGCGCUACAACCUCCCUGGAGCAGCUGGACAUGGACCAGGUCCAGGAGCUCAUGGAAGGGCUCAAGCAGCAGGUGUCCUUCGCUGGUUUCAAGGAUGGUGGUGUGCAAGCCAUGUCCGGGGACGCCGAGGCGGCUGCAGAGUGGCUCACGGUGAACAUGCUGAUGAGCGUCUUUAAGCCCGGAAUGCAGGGAGUGCGGGAUCCCGUGGCCGUGAUGGACCUCGGAGGGGCAACCCUGCAGAUGGCGUACUACCUGGCAGAUCACGAUGUCUCCAGGGCGAAGCGGCAGCAACUGGACGCAUACGUCCAGAGAAUCAGCUUGCCUUUUGGAAGCGGCAAUGUCCACGUCUACAGGCAUAGCUACAUCGGCUACGGGCUGAUCACUGCCAAAGUGAAGAGCUUCAAGUACGCCGAGAAGGCGGGCUUCUCGCUGGAUCGACAUCCUUGCCUGCCCUACGCUGCCCAAGCGUCUAUGCGUGACUACCGCACGCAGCUGGAAGCCAAAGGAGCUCUCGACAAGCUGGCGUGCGCUGAAUUGGUUGAUCUCCUUUUGCGGAAAGAUCUUCCAUGCUUGCAAGAGCCUGGCCUGAAGGAGCAGUUUCUCGGAAGAGCCAGCAAUCCGGCUUUCGGCAACUGCAGCUUCGCUGGUGUUUGGGCAGGUCCGGGCACAGGCCCCGCAGAGCCACUAACGAGCAGUGCUGCUGCUGCAGCUGUUGCGUGCAAACUUGUCAAGACAGGCUUUCUGACUGCACAUGUUAGGUGCCGUUAG